AUGCUGCAAUUAUGUCCUCUGGACGAAGACACCCUCUACACACACGUUUACGAACGAUACGUGGAGCUUGACCGGCAUGCGGAGACGCUGGCCCAGGACCUCGGCAUCCACGCCUCAGAUGCGGAGACGCUGGUCGUCGAUAUCGCUCCCGCCCAACCGACGAAGAGUUCGGACACCUACAGUCUCACAGUCUCGCAGUCGCUCGCCUCGCUCCGGUCCUCUACGGUCAACAACAACUCCACUACAGGCUACGUGCUGUGGUCGGGCACGCCCUUCUUCCUUUGCUGGCUGCUCUACGCCCCUUCAGCCGCACCGCUGCGCGAUGGAGGGCGGGUCCCUGUCACAGACAGCGCUGCGCAGUUCCUACAAUUACCGCCACUCUUCUCCGCGCCAGCGCGUCCCGUCUGCGUCGUUGAGCUUGGCUCUGGUGCCGCCGGCGUCGCUGCGAUCGUCCUUGCGAACUACGUAGACCGCUAUCUCGUCUCAGAUCAGAAGGCUAUCCUCAAGCCGCUGCGCGCCAACCUGCUCGCUAACAUCUCCGAGGUUAGCCGCCGCACCGUGUGCUCUAAGCAAACCCCGGAGCUCUCCUCGAACCGCCGUACUCCUGCGCGCUGUGAGCUCGAGCUCAUCGCGCUCGACUGGGAGCGCAUUGCCACAGUGCCGGCCGCCCUCCGCCCCACAGACGCCGCCCACGUUCACGUGCUUGCGCUGGAUGUGGUGUACAACGACUUUCUGAUCCCACCUCUGCUCACCGCCAUCAAGCGCUUGCUUCGCUGGUACGCUGAUGAGCACGCUGUCAAGGCUACUGCAUAUGUUCUAGUGCAUUUGCGUGCCCAGGACAUCUUGCAGACAUUCCUAGAGCACGCAAUUAUAGAUCUACGCUUGCGUUGCUACUACAUGGACGAGGAGCGCUUGCGCUCCUCUCGUUUUGCCCUGUACUACGUAACUCUUUGA